AUGAGACAAGAUCUAUUGCAAUCAGCUCAGGCAUUCUUAACUUCGGAAAGUGUACAGUCAGCUGACAAUGAAAGCAAGAUUCAAUUUCUAAGAAAUAAGGGGUUGCAUGAUGAGGAAAUUAAAGAGGCCUUUAAAAGAGCAGGAGAAGCACUGCAGAUUCCUCGGCCACCACCUCGUCCUUCACUCAUGUCGCAGAGUGUUUAUUACCCAUCUCCUAUUCCCCGCUUGACUGAUAUUCAAAUAGUCAGUUACGCCCUAUUGCUUGCAAUCGGUACCCUUGGCCUCACUGCUUCUAUCACUGUAAUCAUAAAAGCGAACCGAUAUAAACAAAAUGCAGUCGUUUUAAGCCGCAUCAACCAAUGCAUUCAAUCUCAGCAAACAGACGUUACGAAUAGUUUAGAGACAGAGCAAAGCAAACUCAACGAUUCUAUAGAUCGAUUGGUGGAGCUCACUUUACAGUAUAAAGAGAGUCGGAUUAAGCACCAACCUUACAUAGAUUUGAAAUCUAACGUGGAUCAGUUUAAAGAUAUCAUCAUUCAGACCUCUAUGCCGCCAAACUAUGGCUCUUAUAGCACUAGUGUUUUUCCAAAUAAAUGCGGCGAUAGUAUAGAGGCAGUAGUUCAGAAUGUCAAAAGUGAAAUUCGAAGCUUUAAAGGCACGUUGCUGAGCCGAAGAAACUUUCCUGUUGUUACACCGUCGCCAGUGACUCCUACAAUAAGACAUUCGAUUAUACCUGUUCCUGUAGAGCAACCACCUAUUUAUCAUCCUCGAAGAAAAAGAUCGUUCAGGUCCGAACUAGCCCCUUUAGUAAAAGAUACUGCAUAA